AUGAGAUGCAACGCAUGCUGGCGGGAAUUGGAAGGGCGAGCUGUUUCUACUACUUGUGGUCACCUUUUAUGUACUGAAGAUGCAAACAAGAUUAUUAAUAAUGAUGCAGCAUGUCCAAUCUGUGAUCAAGUGCUCUCUAAGAGCCUUAUGAAACCUGUGGAUAUCAAUCCAAAUGAUGAUUGGAUAAAUAUGGUCAUGGCUGGAAUAUCUCCACAGAUAUUGAUGAAAAGUGCAUACAGAAGUGUGAUGUUUUUUAUUGGGCAAAGGGAACUUGAGAUGCAAUACAAGAUGAAUAGAAUUGUAGCUCAAUGCCGGCAGAAAUGUGAGUCCAUGCAAGAAAAAUUCACGGAAAAACUGGAGCAGCUGCAUACUGCAUAUCAGAAAAUGGCCAAAAAGUGUCAGAUUAUGGAACAAGAGAUUGAGAGUUUGUCGAAGGAUAAACAAGAGCUCCAGGAAAAAUUUUCUGAGAAAGCCAGGCAGAAGAGGAAACUUGAUGAAAUGUAUGAUCAAUUGAGGAGUGAGUACGAGUCAAUGAAAAGAUCAGCCAUCCAACCAGCAAAUAAUUUCUUUUCAAGAAAUGAGCCUGAUUUGUUCUCAAACCAUGCAGCUACCAUGAUGGAUAACAGAGACCCUAUCUGUAAAGUUGACCUAAUUUCUGCAGAUUGUACGGUUUUCACUCCUCCAACUCCAGGGCCUCGGGAGGAUAUAUGGCCUGCAAGACAGAACAGCUCUAAUUCUGGUCCCUUUGACAUCACUUGUGGCUCACCAGCAAAACAAGCAACCAUGCCAGUUGAAGUUGGAAAAAGAAGAGCUGGUGCUAUCCAUGACUUUGGAGCUGGAUCUGGCAACCCCUCAAUGACGUUAAGGAACUUGAUUCUAUCCCCGAUAAAGCGCCCUCAGCUCUCACGUAGCCGCCCUCAAAUGUUCACGUUGUAG